GGCAGGCGCUGCAGCCCCAGGGGUUUGUCUUUACGGAUGUUUAGUAUAUCUCUGUAUCUUUAAUAGCAUGGAGGAGUGUCGCUGGCUUUUGACGCAGUUGUUUGGUGGUGGUGUUGUUUUUUUUGCGACCGGCAGGUAAGGGGUGGAGGGGAAGCUGUGUUCUGUCGGGAUGAGUUUCCUGCUGCCCAAGCUGGCCUGUAAGAGGGAAGUGGAUCAGGCCAUAAAAAGCGUGGCCGAGAAGGUUUUGGUUCUCCGGUUUGGAAGAGAUGACGAUGCUGUUUGUCUGCAGCUCGAUGAUAUUCUUGCAAAGACAGCUCAUGACCUAAGUAAGAUGGCAGUCAUUUACCUCGUGGAUGUGGACAAGGUUCCAGUGUACACCCAGUAUUUUGACAUCAGCUAUAUUCCAUCUACUGUGUUUUUCUUCAAUGGACAACACAUGAAGGUUGAUUAUGGGUCUCCAGAUCAUACCAAAUUUAUUGGAAGCUUCAAAACAAAGCAAGACUUUAUAGAUCUGAUUGAAGUUAUUUACCGUGGAGCAAUGCGUGGAAAGCUCAUUGUGAGAAGUCCUAUUGAUCCCAGGAACAUUCCUAAAUAUGACCUUCUCUAUCAAGGAAUUUAAAAGGUUGACCUGAGAUAAAGAACUACAGAAAUAACCAAGGUUCUAUAUCCCCCCCCCCUUUUUUUUUUUCUUCAAGCAUUUUUAGCCACUUCUGACACUGUGGGAUGGUUUGAGGAUUUACUUUGAAGGAUCAUAUUGGUCUCCUUCUGAAGACAGACAUUCUGUCACCUCAUACUUCUCUUGUAAAUAAAGCUACAUCUUAAUGUGUAAAAUUCA